ACGUUGUGUUGUCUGCAGUUCUGUCGGGCUAGUGUCGAAUUUGAAUUAAGCGACUCUUACAGAAACAAACAAAAAUGCCUUUUAUUGAUGUAGAGACCAAUUUGCCGGCAAGUAAAUUUUCUGAAGACUUUCUGAAAAAGCUCUGCUCCACCACAGCGGCUGUUUUGGGGAAACCGGAGGAUAGGAUGAAUGUGGUGGUGAAGCCUGAUCUGCCCAUGUUUAUUGCUGGCUCAUGUUCCCCUGCCGUGUCGCUCUUGAUUUCUGCCGUAGCUGUGACUGACACUGCAGAGAAGAACAAGGAGCACAGUGCCAAACUCUUCCAGUUUCUCACCCAGGAGUUGGGACUCAGCCAGGACCGCAUUGUGAUCCGGUUCUACCCGCUGGAGCUGUGGCAGGUGGGGAAGAAAGGCACAGUGAUGAGCUUCCUGUAGAGAAACACACUUUACAUAUGCUACCAUCAUGCUGGUAUUGUGUGUAAGGGAAAAUUUGUUAUUGUGUAGUCUGAGAGAAAUACUUGAUUUUUGCCUUGAAAUCUGGAGGAAAAAAGGAUGUCUCGUUUCCCUCCAGUUUCAAUAUUCUUUUUAAGGAAUACUUGAGUGGAUUUUAACCUUAUUAACUGCACGUGGAACAUACAGUAUGUGUGAUUCCCACAAACCAAAAUUUCCACAUGUUUCUAUAUACUGAGAAAAGAACAAAAACCUGUAUGCAAAGCACCUUCGUAGUGGAAAUCCAGCGUCAGUAUCCUUUAUAACCACAGCACUGUUGAAUUCUCAGAUCUGAUUGGUAGAAAGUGUUGAUUAAUUUUCCGGAACAACAGGUUUAUAUUUAAUGCACUCGUUCUAAUGUUAUCACUUCUAUAGUAACAACUACUGUAAUGCACAGGGACCUGGUUAUGCCAGGCUUAAAAAUAAACAGAUUACAAAACAUGCCAUUUAACAAAGAAAAGGAUUUAAUCCUUAUACAGUGAAGCUUUUUAUAAAGACACGUUUAUGGACGGAGUCUUCACUGUCAUCUGUUUGUAAUGGUCAGUAGGUUUUCCACCAUUGGAGAGUCUUCAGAGACAGAGGACUUUGUGCUUUCCAGUGUCUCGUUAACAUGGCAAGCUGUGCCUUUUCUCUUGUAUUUGAUGGAACCUUGUGGUAUAAGAGGAGUAUGGGACAUGCUGUUCUAGGAAAACACACAUUUGCACACCCUAUCAUGUUUUUAUCUUUAUUUUCUCAGUAAUGGAAAACAUAUUGAAAUAUUUUUUUGUUGGUAAUUGCACAUACACGCAGAUGUGGGAGAUGACGUGAAAGAAAAGCUGGAAUACAUUUAAGGUAAUUUAUCAACUCCAAUUUAUUAGCCCAUAUUGGCCCAAGGGAUUCAGAAGGUGGCAACAUGGCAAUGACAAACGAGACGUCCUUAAAUGAAAUCUAGUAGUAUAGUUAAUAUUUUGUAACAAUUACCAUUUUAAUAGUUGCUAUUUAUUAGUUUUAUAUAGUAUGAAAUGUGGUCCUAAAUUUGUAUCACUUCUGAUCUAUUCUUGGGUUUCAUGUGACGUCACAUCCGCUUCAUUAGUUAUUCAAGACUUUAGCUGGUGGUCUACCAAAGCUCAGUUGACAAAGCGUUUGUGUAGAGAAGGUGCAUUGCUCGCAUGAAAAACGCCUUACGCUUGCGUUGUUUUAGGUUGUUCGAAUCGAUCAAGCCGUGAAACUGAAAAGUUUCUUCAGGGUUCCCCGUGAACUAAUAAAGGGUGAACGAACACAGGAUUUCACAAAAAGACGUCAAGAAAGGCGGCUUUUGAACCCCUCCCUGAAAUCGAAGGGAGCCGAGUCGAGGCAUGCUCGAGUUUGCAGUGAUCACUUGGUGAAAGGUUUGUAUCUCCCUCUCAGCUACGUCCUUAGUGUUUUCCAAGUACUUUUCUUGCUAUGUGUCAUUGUCAUGUGACUAAAGUCCCCGGCUGUUUCUUUGUUUACUGCUCACUCCUCACAGUCCAUAUGCAUGAAGGUCGCGACAAAAUUCUUCCCCAGCCGUACAGUUACAAUGCGCUGCGAUCACUUCUCCAUCUUGUUUAACUAAGAUCCAGGUCUUUAAAGGGGUUUCUGAUGAUCUUUGUGAAUGAUUUGCCUGAGAAAUAAGCGCCAACACAAGUGAGAAUCAAACGAACUGUUUGUUUACACUUCAACUUGCAGCACUUUGUUGUAAAGACGUGAACGAAAGCUUAAAAAAAUACAUACUUACACAGGCAAAAACAAUACAGGAUUCAUUCGGCAGUGACUUGAUACCGAGGUAUCAAAAAAGUUGUAAGCCUCCAUACUCUUCCACGUUUUCAUCUGUUUUGCGGUGUAGAAGGACGUCUGCAACACCAGAUAGUUCGAGAUGUCUGGGAACUCGACUGAAGGGUAGUUUUCAAGAUUGUACGACACAUCCUUCUUUCUCAGACUGUAGGGGUUUAUUCCAUUGCACAUCGCAAUCUUCUGAAUAUAUCUAAAGCGAGCAGUGGCUUCUAGAUUACGAGCGUACCCUGAUAAGUUAUCGCUAGUUGUUUGCACUACGGCAGCUGUUUUGGUUUGCUAGACCACCAGCUGUUUUACCAGAAGUGAAAUCGCUAAGAGAAGUCAUGUGACUGAAACCCAAGAAUAGUCUAGCUGAUCAUGUGAUCACUUAUCAUUUUUGAUUAAUGUAGAAUUUAUAUAGUUGAACAAUUUAAAGUGAUCAUGUUUCUCCUGAGGAGAGAAAGGAAGGAGUAUUGCCCCACAGACUGAUCCUAACACCCUGACAUGGAGAGAGAUGGCCUGCCUCUCUAUUCAUCUAUAAACUAUUUGUAUUAUUUUACUAAUUUUAUCCAUAUUGUUUUUAUUAUUUUCCCUUUUUCAUUCUUUGUAAGUUGACUGAAAUUAUGCAGUAUGAAAUAGUUUUGCUGGAUCAUUUCUUCUAAAUAAAUGAAUUGUUAAAUUCG